CUUGUUAUUUCGUUUAUGCUUUGCAACCCGAGGCGAGUGGUGAGCAGUCAUAUAGGAGUAUCUAUCAAACCAUUCGAGCUGGACUCCCUCAAAUAGCCAUCACAAUGAAGGUAGCAGAUGAGCCUGCCUACCUGACAGUGGGAACGGAUGUGAGCGCUAAGUACCGAGGUGCCUUUUGUGAGGCAAAAAUUAAGACUGUUAAACGGAUGGUGAAAGUUAAAGUGGUGCUCAAAGCAGACAGUUCUUCGCAAGUUGUACAAGAUGACCAGGUCAAAGGGCCUUUGAGGGUUGGAUCUACAGUGGAAGUGAAAAGCCCAGAAGGGGUGUUCAGUGAGGCUGUCAUCAGUAAACUCACAGAUGCCAGCUGGUACACUGUGGUGUUUGAUGAUGGAGAUGAGAAAACACUUAGAAGAACUUCACUGUGUCUUAAAGGUGAAAGGCAUUUUGCAGAGAGUGAGACCUUGGACCAACUGCCCCUUACUAACCCAGAGCACUUUGGCACUCCUGUCAUUGGGAAGAAGACAAAUCGAGGAAGGCGGUCUUCUCAGGCAGUUGCGGAGGAGGAGAAGGAGUCUUCAUCCAGUGAGGAAGAGGAUGAUGACAGACGGCGGCUGAAUGAUGACCUGUUGGGGAAAGUUGCCUUCAUUCAGACAGGGCCAGAGCGAGCAUCCUGGUACCAUGCCCUGGUGGUAUCUCCCAGCUGCAAUGAUGACUUAACUGUCAAAAAGGACCAAUGCUUAGUGAGAUCAUUUGCUGAUUCCAAAUUUUAUACUGUGGCUCGUAAUGAGGUUCAUGACAUGAGUGAGGACACAAUCUCCAAAUCAGAGUACUCUAACAAGAAGGGAUUUGAAGAAGCAUUGCUCUUCCUCCAGACCAAGCAGGUCCCAGAUGGCUGGAAGAUGGAUAUGAGUGAAAUUUUGGAAUCCUCCAGCAGUGAUGAUGGUGAAGGCAAGGAAAGUGAGGAAGAGGAGAAGGAGCCAGAGCCAGAAGAGCCUGAUGAUGAACCAGACCCAGAAGAGAGGGACCACUUCCUACAACAGCUUUACAAGUUCAUGGAAGACAGAGGGACACCAAUUAACAAACCCCCUGUGCUGGGCUACAAGGACCUGAACCUCUUCAAGCUCUUCAGGCUGGUUCACCAACAUGGGGGCUGUGACAGUAUUGAGAGUGGUUCUGUAUGGAAACAGGUCUAUAUGGAUCUGGGAAUUCCUGUGUUAAAUUCGGCUGCCUCUUAUAACGUGAAGACGGCUUAUAGAAAGUAUCUGUAUGGCUUCGAAGAGUAUUGCCGAUCAGCUAAGAUCGAGUUCAGGACAGUGCACCAUAAUGAACCUCGGCCAGUCCCCCAGCCAGAGAUGGAGAUUGUUAAGCAGGAAAAGGUGGAGGAAAAUGAGGAAAAAGGUGAUCCUACUCAGCAGACUAAAGAUGAGCCUGAGCAAUGCAAGGACAAAGCUGAUGGAGACGAGUCUGACGCAGACGAUGAGAAAAGCCGCAAAGAUAUCUGCUCCCCUAGGGGCCGGCGGCGCUGUGCGUUGGCUCCUGGAAAAGCCGAAGGAAAGGAGGCUGUCAAACAGGAAAAGGUGAAAGAGGAGAAAAAGAAAGAAGAGGUGCGAGGAGGAGAGGGCAGUGGAGAGGAGCAAAAGGAGAAGCCUGAGGUAGAUAAUCCAGGAAAGAGGCGUAGCCGCCGGCUUGAAGAGUCUGACAAAGACUCGGAGGAAGAUGAUCGGGAAGAAGAGGAAGAUGAGGAGGAUGAGGGUGAAAGAUCCAGGCUCAGAGAAAGAGAUGAGAGGGAGGACGAGGAUAGGUAUGAGGACUCUGAACACUCUGUCACAGGAACAAAAGUAAAGGUCAAAUAUGGCAAAGGAAAAUCACAGAAAAUCUAUGAAGCCAACAUAAAGAACACAGAGACUGAUGAUGGAGAAGUCCUCUAUCUGGUCCAUUACUAUGGAUGGAAUGUGAGAUAUGACGAGUGGGUCAAAGCAGAUCGAAUUAUAUGGCCUGUUGAUAAAGGAGGGACGAAGAAAAGACAGAAAAAGAAAGUCAAGAAUAAAGAUGAUUCUGAGAAGGAGAAAGAGGAGGACAAACAGACAAAAACAGGUGUGAAACGUGGUCGCCCUCCAUUGAAGUCCACCCCUCCCAGCACCUCUCGCAGUAUAUCCAAAACCCCCAGCAGUGAGGGAAGAUCAGGCAGCAAAAGCUCUCGUCCCACAGACCCAUCCACUCUGCCCAAUGGAGAAGGAACUCCUCGUCGGCGCACAAGGAGAACGUCUGGGAUGUACGAUUCAGACAGGGCAUCCAAUGACUCUGGGAAUUCAUCAGAGGAGAGCGAGUGUGAGGACUCUCCUGAGAAGAAGCCCGAAUGGACAGAGACAACUGACCCUGCCACAGCACGAAAGCAGGAGGAGGAAGAGGCAAGGCAAGAGGAGAAAAGAAGGGUAGAAGCUGCCCAGGCUGAGGCAGAGUGUCCUAGCAGUCCUCAGGAGAAACUCCUACCCCAGGAGAAAAGUGAUGUGGAGAAGCCUGAGGAAGAAAUGGCCCUGUCACCAGAGUCUGAUGACAAAUCUCCCAAAUCAAGAGGAAAAAGGGCUCGCCAGAGGGAACCUGGGUCUGAGACUCCCACACAGCUGCCUACCACUCCCAAUCACACUGAGCCUGAGGCGCCCUGCACUCUCCCACGCCAGGCUAAGAACCCUCAGGAGAUUGUACACAGUAGCCCUACAGAAAGAGUGCCUGAAAAGGCAGACUCUGACACGGACUCUGCUACUGAGGAUGUUAGCCCUCCAGGGAGAGGUUACAUAGCCAAGCGCAAAGCCACUGAGCAGCGGACGCCUGACAAGAAGGUUCGUCUUGACCGCAAAGAGGAACCUAAGACUCCGUCUCAACCAAAGACUCUGUCACCAGAGAAAAGAUCAGAUGCAGAAAGACAAGCAGAGGCUGUGGAGAAAGUAGAAGAACCACUUGCACCAGAAGCAGCAGCAGCAGCAGCACCUGCACCAGCAUCAGUAGUAGACGUUCCUACUGAAGAACCAGAGGUCAAAACAGAAAUGCCCUCUCUUACCAGAGAAGUUCAGGUCAGAGUGGAACCUCUUCCGGGUUUGUUAACGAUUGAGGACACCUCAGUGGUCACCGAUGAGGAGCUGAUGCCCCGGAUAGGCCCAGAGGCACUGGUGUGUCAUGAGGUGGAUCUGGAUGACCCUGAAGAGAAGGAGAAACCAUCAGGAGAGGAGUUACUGGUGAUGAGGGAGGAGAAGCUUCCUGCUCCUGUUGCAGCUCAGCCCCAGCCCCUCCAACCCCUACAACCCUUACAGCCCCUUCAGCCUACCUCCCACCUCCCUCACAGCCUAGCAGGAGCAGGGGCUCCUCGGCUCUGCUCGCCAUCCUCCACCCCCAGCCCGGAUGAGUCCCACAGCAUCAAGAGCGAGAGUGACGCCACAAUUGAGGUAGACAGUGUGGCUGAAUCACAGGAGGGGCUUGGGGAGAAUGGAUCCCCACAUGGUUUUGAUGCCAGUGCCAGCUCCAGCAACUCCAGCAUCUCCCUUCAGGAGAGGGAUGGCAAAGACAGAGGUCAGAAAAGAUUGCUGGACUGCAACAUGACCUCACCUGCCAAGAAGCAGAAACGCAACCAGAAAAGGCUGAGCACAGCUUCCACUGCAGAAAAGAAUGGCGCAGGUCACAGCAGUGACAGUGAAGACCUGCCUGCCAUAGACACCUCUAAUAAGCUGACUCCUGUGAAACACUCCAACCUAACCAAAGCCCAGAAGCUCUCCCGCUCUCCUGGUCUUGCAUCUCCCAGCAGCAAAGACAUGGAGAAAGACAAGCACAAAGACAAACAGUCCUUCCCCUCUGCACGGUCAUACAAGUGGACAUUUCAGCUCAAUGAGCUGGACAACAUGUCAAGUGCUGAGAGAAUUGCUUUCCUGCAAGAGAAGCUGCAGGAAAUCAGGAAAUACUACAUGUCGUUGAAAUCUGAGGUGGCCUCUAUUGAUAGAAGACGGAAGAGAUUAAAAAAGAAGGAGAGGGAAGUGUCCCACACCACAGCCUCCACGUCAUCCGGCUCAUCUGACACAGGCAUGAGCCCCUCCUCAGCCUCCCCCACCCAGAACACUGUUGCUGUCGAGUGCAGGUGAUAGAUACCGCACCUCUCCCCCCCCCACCCUGCCCACCUCUGCCUUCUCAGCAUUCUGCUGCCUCCGUGGAGACGUGCAUAGUGAUGAGCCAGAGCAAGUGGCCAAUAGCACUCGACUGCCUCGCCUCCUCCUCCUCCUCCAUACUUCCCAGUCUCCUGGUCCCACCUUGUGGCCACUCCCACCUCCUGCACUUUGCAAACUUAUCCUGCCUCUCACUCCCUCUCGCCGCCACUUUUAACAUCAAAAAAUGGACUCCCUGUGAGGGUUGAAUGUAAUCCAAAAAAAAGGAAAGGAAAAAAAUAACAAACAUCCAUCCUCAAAAAACGGCACUUUUCUCUUCUUUCUCAGCAAGGCCCAAACAAACCUCCUCUUACAGCUUUUGUACAGUGGGCUGGUUUGGAUGCAGUAAUCAACCAUACAUAAAUUCCUCUAUCACAAUAUGGUAAAAUCCCAGAUUAAAGUCCCUGUAUAGGUAUGGUCACUUAACCAGCUGGAUAUGGUUAGCAAAAAAAGGUCAAAUUUGUGCGCUUGCUCCAUCAGAACUGCCAAAGUACACAUGUUACAGCAGAGUGCCCUAUUUUGGAAAAGUGGGACAAAGUCAAUUGCAAAAGGGAAUGUAGUUUACUGAAAACUGCAGCUGGUGUCUUCCACUCUUUGUAGUGUGCGAGCACAGAUAAUUAUGCAAAACUAUUUUUGUUGUCUUUUUAAGAAAAGAAAAAAACAUGAAAGAAAAUGUUUACAGUGGAACACGGGACAAAAAAAUUGUUUUCAGUGGACUAAUUUCCUUUGCGAGUGUAUUUUGUCUUUUUAUAUGUAAUUGCAGAGUUUUUAUUUUAGUAUGGAAAAUUUCAAAAGGUAUAUAUCACAGCCAUGAAAUUAUUUAAUUAAAUAUUUCUAGGUCUGAAAUUUUGUGUAAAAUAAAGGUAUUAUCUUGCAACUUGUUAAGUAUAUUUAUUCAGUCAGUGGACAUCAUUUUUGUAUUUUUUACAAGGUGAAAACAAUCUUCCCACAUUCAUUUGGUUCAUGGGAUAGGUUAAUGAAAGAAUGUUGUGGGUUUAUCUAACGUGUUUAGACUGUGAAGUCACAAUUGGGUAACUACUGUGCAGUAAAUUGCUCCCACUCUCAUUCUCUCCCCUUUUACCAUUUGGGCCCAUUGCUCUCAAUGUAUUUUGAGAUCUUUAUGGAACACCAGUACUUGGUGACCUGCCCUGCUUCUGUUCACAGAUUUCCUGGUACUUGUAUUGUUAAUUUAAGCAUUUUAUUCUUAUGUUUCAGCAUUGAGUUCUCAACCAAUUGAAUAAAAGUUGCUUAAUGGACAUGUCUGUUUAGCCCAGGGGUUUCUUACUAUGAUUGUUUCUUUUGUAUAUAGAUCUUCCAAAACCAUGUAUUUGAAAAAUACAUUUUACACAAAUUGUAAAUGAUUUAUAUUAUUUUUAAACAGUACAGCUUUGUAUAUUAAAUUCUUCUUUUUCUAUGUCUGGUUGGUAGAAGCAUUACCACAUCUUUACUGUAUAUAACCAACCACAGGUCAUCAGCAGGAGCCUAAACCAAGCCCUCUAGAGAAAUGAACCCACUAGUAUGUUGAACAUUAUACGCUAUAGGUGAUGAUUAUUGGAAAUAAUGAGAACUUGCUUCCUUGUGAGUGAGAUUUAUUCAUGGAUUCCUGGAUGAAGGAAUGAAGGUAUUAGGUUCCUGA